GUGGUUGGUUGAAUGAUGGAGAAUCAAUCGUAUGUCGGAUACACUGCAGUCACACACCCGGAGUAUUAUCUAAUGAAGUGUAUUUGGUUGCAGUUGGCGUGUGAGAAGACGGUUUCAGCCAUGCACCACGUCCUGCAGAGGACCAUCAACAGCGCCCGCGCUCUCGCCGGCCCCGGAGUCCGACCUUCCUAUGCCCAGCUGGAACUUAGGAUGGUGCAGAGCAAAAAGGACAUUGAGAACCCGGAGCUUGUGGUCACCAGCACUGUACUAUAAAAGUCCUACCUAGGAUGGAAAAACUUUGGGACCAACAUAGAGACUUCACACCCAACCCACUGAGUGACCCCCGGGGGUCCGCUACAGAUCAUGUUGGCCUCCCGGAGAAUGGGGAGGGACCCCCCCCCCCACAGCUGGAACUGACAUUUGGAGCUCAGGGGUCCUUCUCCAGGUCUAUAGGGGGCUUCCAGUCCUGUGUGCCAUACACUCACCAGCAACCAGAGCGGGGGAGGGGGUCACUAUAUCACUAAAAUGGGGCUCGGGGGGGAACCUGCGUGGUGUGGGAGUUCAUCAUCUCCUGGAACAAGCGCUGUUGGUUUUAGCUGCACAUAAUAAAGAGUUUAUUAUAGAGAUCA